UCAACUAAUAGUGGUUUAUAUAGGAUUUUCUUCAUUCUGUGACUCGUCCGUCACCUGACUCCUCUAAACAAACUGUUUGGAUUCAUGACGAGAGAUCAGUGGGAAGACAACUAAUUUUGACCCCACAGCACUAAGAAUAUAAUCUGCACUAUUUGCUAAGCCUUUGGUCUGUUUGUGCUUUGGCUGGGGGGAAAAACGCUGAUGGCUCUCAUGGAUAAGCACAAAGUCAAGCGCCAGAGGCUGGACCGCAUUUGUGAAGGCAUUCGCCCCCCGAUUCUGAAUGGACCGAUGCACCCGCGGCCCCUGGUGGCUUUGUUGGAUGGGCGUGACUGCACCGUGGAGAUGCCUGUCCUGAAGGACGUGGCCACAGUGGCCUUCUGUGAUGCCCAGUCCACCCAGGAGAUCCACGAGAAGGUGCUGAAUGAGGCAGUGGGCGCCCUGAUGUACCACACCAUCAGCCUUUCGCGGGACGACCUGGACAAGUUCAAGGGCCUGCGGAUAAUUGUGCGAAUUGGCAGUGGCUUUGACAACGUGGACAUCAAGGCUGCGGCUGAACUAGGUAUAGCUGUGUGUAAUGUGCCUGCGACAUCAGUGGAAGAGACGGCGGACACGUCCAUGUGUCUGAUCCUGAACCUGUACCGCCGUGUCACCUGGAUGCACCAGGCUAUGAGAGAGGGCACCAGGGCUUCCAGCGUGGAGCAGAUCAGGGAGGUGGCCAGCGGAGCUGCCCGCAUCCGGGGAGAGACGCUGGGCAUCAUCGGCCUGGGGCGAGUGGGCCAAGCUGUAGCGCUGCGGGCCAAGGCCUUUGGCUUCAGUGUGAUGUUCUACGACCCCUACCUGCCAGACGGAGUGGAGCGCUCUCUGGGCCUGCAGAGAAUGGCCACCCUGCAGGACCUGCUCAUCCACUCUGACUGUGUGUCACUGCACUGCAGCCUCAACGAGCACAACCAUCACCUCAUCAACGACUUCACCAUUAAACAGAUGCGUCAGGGAGCAUUUUUGGUUAACACGGCUCGCGGGGGCCUGGUGGAUGAGAGGGCCCUGGCCCAGGCACUGAAAGAGGGCAGGAUACGGGGUGCUGCCUUGGACGUACACGAGACAGAGCCCUUCAGCUUCUCUCAGGGCCCAUUGAAGGAUGCCCCCAAUCUGGUUUGCACUCCCCACGCAUCCUGGUACAGUGAGCAGGCGUCACUCGAGGCGCGGGAGGAGGCAGCUAGGGAAGUGCGCCGGGCCAUCACAGGCCGCAUCCCUGACAGUCUGAAGAACUGUGUGAAUAAGGAGUAUCUGAUGGCAACGCCCCAGUGGCCUGGCAUGGACCCUGGGGCUGUGCACUCCGAACACAAUGGUGUUACUGAUUACAGGUUCUCUACUGGUCUAGUGGGAGUGGCAGCAGGAGGCCUGACGGGGGCAGGCGCUACAGUGGAGGGAAUUGUUGCAGGGAACCUGGCUAUGGCACAUGGGAUUGCCCCUGUGUCCCGACCUCCCCACACACCGUCGCCGGGGCAACCCUCUAAAGCAGAAACAGACAGAGACAUGCCAACGGACCAGUAGCCAGCUACCAUUUCCCCUCUGGUCCACAACAUUCCGUCAUCACUCUUCAUGUUCAUGCAAGCAGAUACACUAGUAUUGAGGUCCAUUCUGACCCAGCUUUGGUCCCAUCCAACAGAACAGAAUCCUUCACGAGAGACCAGUCUGCAUAGACUCCCUACACUCGUCCUAUUUUCUCUCAUCCAGAAAGCAAUAAGUGGAUUACUCAAGGAUUUUUUCCAGUUGGCUUUUAAACCCCUCUGACUUUCCUGUGGCUCAGUGUUUUUGUAAAUGACUCCUUUACGGAGAGAAACCUGUUUUUCCUGUAUUUUUUGUUUGUUUUUUAUAUCAAUUGCUGUUUGACAUAUAAAGUGAAGCAUGAGUCUGCAAUGGUAUAGAAGAUGAAUAACAUUUUUUCCACUACUAUUUGUUCACAAACCUUACAAAGGAUUUUAUAUUAUUGGGCUCAAUACGUUUCUAGUUAUCACGAUAAAAGUGUGGCUCUGACUUUUUGUGAGCUUUUUGAUGUGAAUUGAAUAAUAUCGAAAGAUAUGCCUCUGCUGAUAAGGAAAAUACACACAGCAUACGAUGUUUGUCAAGACCACCACCUACACUUAUUUUCUCUGUUGGUCUUGGAAUAUUUUCAUGAUUAAAUGUAUAGAUCUUCUGCA